CAGCAUUUUCACUUCUCCUCCCUCCAGGUUACAGGAGGUUACAGGAGGUUACUGGAGGUUACUAACCUUAGGUAGCUCCACCUUGCUCUACCUAGGCUAGUUGAUAUUUCUUCCUGAAAAUCCAAUCCAGAAGUGUCUUGCCUCCCUUGAAAAUAAAUAUCGCCUUCUUACCUAUACUAUGUAGGGUAUCACAUCGUCACUAAACUACAUUCAGACCGAAAUGGCAAUCACAGAUGCUCCACUCCUUCACUUCGCUUCCUGGCCACCGUUUUAAUGGUCGCAUUUAACAGCCACAUGCACCUUGCCUGUCUACUAACAUCUUAGCUAUACCAAUCUUCACACCCAUUAGAAAUGUAUACCACAUUUGUUGGGACUUCUUCAGGCGCAUCCGAGUCGAACGCGGCUACAGAUGCUCCCCAAGCCGCCAAACCUCGACAGAAACGGAGUCAGGUAGCGAGGGCCUGUGACUGGUGUCGUAUGCACCGCAUCAAAUGUGACAAUAACCUCCCGUGUUCCAACUGUCGAAAGAGAAAAGGGCAAUGCAACCAAGGCGUAAUCGAAGUACGUACGCUUCCUCACGCAUACCGAAAAAUCGAACAGUUAGAAACCCGAAUAAAAGAAUUAGAGCAAGCGCUCCAGGAAGAGCGCAAGACACAGAAACCAGAUAUUGGACUCGACACUCCUCACACCACACCAUCUAGCCUGGCCUCGUCUAGGUCUUCAAGGCCGGGAAGUUCAAGUGGCAAUGGAAGUAACACGGACAAAAAGAGGUUGCGGGAAGGAAUACACAUCCGUACUGCACGUUCCCAGCAAGAGACCUGGUACGGUCCAUCGUCAUUAUUCUACUUCAUCAGGCGCGUAAACACAUUCCUAAACGUAUCCCUUCGACAAACUUAUUCGAUCAAUCGUAUGCUUCCCGUCACGUCGAAUAAACUAUUUGACGGACCAACACAAUCUACCUCGAAAGAACAGGGCCAUCGACCGACUCCUCCAACGGGAGGGGACCCAGCCACUACAGGCGAUUAUCUAACUCCAACACAAGAAGAGUAUUUCAUCAGUCUUUUCUGGCAAUCUUUCCACACCUCACUUCCGGUCCUUGACGAGGUCGCAUUCAAAGAGCAUUAUCAAUCGCUAUGGACUGCACCGGGCAGCGAGAGAAAGCCCUCCGCGCUUGUCGACAUUGUCAUCGCAUUGAGCAUGCAGCAUGGCAUGUCAUUACAAGCGGGGUCUGGGCAUGCGGGAAACAGUACAACAUGUCCUAACAUGGACAAUAUCGAUGCCACCAUCGCCGGCCGCUGGCACUACCAACGCUGUCAAAGGUUAUUGACGAACGAGCUAGAAAGCCCUACCAUCUUGACCCUACAAUGCCACAUCCUGUGCACUGUAUACCUUUGCUGGGGUUCUUUCCAGAACAUGUCUGACAGCACGUGUACGCUCGCUGUGCGAACGGCUUAUAUGCUUGGUCUUCAUCUAGAACCGCCCGAGGAGAUGCCACAGCGAGAAAGGGAAAUGCGAAAGCGCUUGUGGUGGGCACUUUAUAUAUCGGAUAGUAAGAUCAGUAUGAAGCUAGGCCGUCCCUUCUUACUAGACCAUUCCGAUACCACAUGUAGCCUCCCCGGAGACGACCGAGAAAAUGCAGUGUUAUCGGGUUCUGUCUUUGCCCCGCUCGGAGAUGAUGCUACCUGGUUGACCUUCAAUCUUCAGACGAUCAAACUUUUCUUGACGGUGCGAACGGCUUAUACAGCGUUUUAUAAGAAGCAGCUGGGUACGAAUAGUGUAUUCGAUGACCAGCCCUCAGAUGACGGCUCUAAUAUAAUCGAGUCUCAUGCAGAGUACCUGGGCUCUUUCGCUGGCAAGCUAGAUCAUUGGAUAAAGGGCGUACCGGAUGCUCUCAAAACAAAACGCUGCGAUCACAGUGUUCCGUUUUCCACCGACUUUUCUUCACUCGACAUCGAACAAUUCGCACCACUAUGGCUACAGCGACAACGUUUACUAUUAGAGCUUAUGUAUCAUAAUUUAUGCAUAAAUCUGUUCCGCCCCUUUAUCCGUUUCGCCCCGACAUCAACGGCACCUACUCCCCUAGCAGAUAAGACAGCUGCAAAAUGCGCCGCCCACGCCAUCGCGCUAACGCGCAUGAUGCACCAAGUACUCACGUCGACAUCCAUUCUCAUUGGUUGGCAUGAAGCAUUUCAGUGGCAGUGGAACGCAACCAUGUCGCUUAUUGGAUUUGUCAUCGCCUAUCCGCAACACCCCUCAGCACCUAAGGCAAGGGAUUCCAUUGAUCUCUCCGUCACCGUCUUUGAUGUUUUCGGCAGGAGUCUCACCACUGCGGCCAGUGCGGCCGCUAUUGCGCGUGACCUUGGUGCUAAAGCCGACAUGCUAACCAAGCAGUCACCAGGCAAGCCAGACUCACCACAGGGUGUAGAGGGUGUGCCACAAGCUGCAAGUACUUGGGGGGCUUCAGAUGACGAGACUGUUACUAAUAGCAGUGGCACUGCACCACGAACACCAGCAGACACUUGGGGUUUUGGUGAUGAGACCAUCAUGCCAAUGCAGGGAAUGUUUGCAGACCCGAUGGAUAUGGCGUUUUCUGUUGACACGCAAGAUUUCGGCCUGUUAAUGUGGCCGAAUAUGAAUAUGAACAUGAACAAUGAUUUCGCAAACCAAUGGACAUUUCCGCAGCAGCCACUAUGACUCGACAAGAUUCUAGGGUAAGCAUUUAAAAUCUGAUUUAAUCGUUUCUUGGGAGGACUUUCUUUUAUUUCUUUUUUGGGUAUUGGCGAUAUGCAUGCAGAUUUCGUGGUGUUCUGGGGAAUUUUAGGCGUAAGAUAGGAAAACUGAUAUGGCGGUCGGUUUUGUUUGCUUUCAAUGUUGCUUGUAUAACUAGACUCUCAACAAAAUUGCCCUAUGGGCCUUCAGAGCAAAGACAGCUCUGGAGUUCAGGGCGGGGGAUCAAAAUACCGGUUGACAAUAUUAACUUGGGUAUACGUCUAGAACACAUUGAUAUUUUUGAUACAUUCAUACCAAUUGAGAAUCUCAUCUACAUCUAUGUACCUACAUACCUACGUAUUAGCUUAGGCAUUACGAAUUAGCAUCGCCCAUAGGUAUCUAUCAAA